UUCUAAAUGAAAAUUAAUUGUUAAAUAAAUAGUAAGCAUUUUAAAUGCAGUAAAUAUUACAAGUACCGAAAUAAAUAACUAUAGAGGAAAGUAUUUUAGUUAUAUAUAAUAUAAAGUAGUCUUAAAUCCUUAUGAAAGUGAUAACGUGCGAGAGUAGCUUCUGAGGAUUGUGGGAUAACUGAAUAGUGCAGUAAGGAAAAAAAUGAAUUCAGGAAUUCAGAGGUAGAUGGUCAUGAGGAAAGUGUGUAUUCUUUAAACAAGUUGAGACAAGUAAAAUCAAAGGCUGUCAUUCAGAAGGUGUUUACUCGAAGAAGAAAUUUUUUUGUCUCUGCAAAUUUGCGGAUCUGUAAACUUCACUAUGGAAACCACUUCUUUAGCUAAAAUGAAACUCGGCAAUAGAUGUUAUUUCUUAUCCAUUUUUAUACCUACAAACUGUUCCAAAUGCCCCAUAAAAUAUCCUUUCGUCUUAACGUAAGGUUGUGAAUUUUGUAUGAGAAAGUUCUAUGAAAUUCUUCUAAUGGAAGGAAACUUACUUUUAGUGAUUUGUCAGAACGUGCUGCUAUGAAGUGGUUAAUUUGAAUUUUUGGAAAACACAUUGGUAAGGCAUAAGAUAUCUGUAAAAAAUGUGGAAUAUGAUGUGUGACGUGAUGCCUACUAUUGCCGAAGACAGCCUUGGGCAAAGAGGCAGUCAGUUUUCGGCAGAUGAAGCAAAUCUUGAACAGCUCAUGGUGAAUAUUUUAGAUGAACGUGACAAACUGUUAGAGACUUUGAGGGAUACCCAAGAAAAUUUGGCGAACACUCACAUCAAACUAAAUGAUCUGAAUAAAGAGAGAGAUUCCCUGCACAGGCAACUGCAGGCAAAUUUACCUCAGGGCUGUGACACCUCUAAUUUUAAAAAUGGAAUCCCGAUUUGAACCCGGCUGUAUCAAAAACUGAGGCAAAUGAUGAGCUUCCUGUUUGAAAAGGAUUAUUUAAGCGUUGUGCAGCAAAAUUGGCAAAAUAAUAGCAUGAUACUUUCUCAGGAGGAGAUAAUUCUCGAAGAAGAUUAUGAUUUGAGACUUGAAAAAUAUAUUCUGACUUCAGAGCGAGAUGGAAUAAAUUUCAUAUGCAACGAGACAAGAAAUGUCACAAAAAGUAUAAAUAAAUGGUUUCUGUAAGAGUGUCAUUUAUUUAAAA